CCUGAGUCCCAGAGCUUUUUUUAUGUGUGUGUCUCUGCCUGAUGGGCGCUUCCAUUCCAUGUAGCACAGUGCUGUGUGGAUGUGCUAUUACAGUGGGACAAUCAGCUUCAAUCUUGCAGUCUGUGCACUUAAUCUGGGGUUUUGAUUCCCCCCUGCUUUGGAGCGAUUGAAGGACCUCGUUCAAUGGCAACCGGGAAAUAGCAAAGAAGGUGAAUGAAUUGAUGACUCUGGGAUACCUUAUUCAUAAGUCAGAAGGAGUAGCCAUGAUAAGACUUGCGUUUCUUGACCAAAAAAUAUGAAGUGGUUUUUAUAGAUGUUACACGCCAGGAAAAGAUCCUAUGAGGAAUAUUGUUGAAAGGUGCUGAAAAUAAGAAAUACGGAAUUUUUUUUUUUUUUACAAAAUUGGUUUCUUUUAACAAAUCAGAAAAAGACAUAUUGUAAUUAAAACUUUAAUUGAAAAAUGGACGAUAAUUACAGAAACAGUUCACAUCUUUACCAAGGUGCUCGGGAUAUGUCAAGAGAAGUAAAGAGACAGACCAGUAACCAAGCAAUGGAUGAUUAUUCUAGGUAUCAGGAUAAUACAUAUGGAAGCUACACAACUAAUGACGGUUACUACAACAGUGGGGAACAUGCCCAUCAAGACGAAGAUGCCCAAAGUGAUGCCACUGAGGGCCAUGAUGAUGAUGACGAGAUAUAUGAGGGGGAAUAUCAAGGUAUACCCCACCCUGAUGAUAUAAGAGUCCAGCAUAAUGACAAAUCAAUGAAGGAUGCAUUUAAAGACCAAGAGGAUCUUAUUGCGGAACAAAUGGAGGAUGCAGAACAGUUUGCUUACCAAUAUGAAAACAUCAUACAGGAGUGUGGCCAUGGACGUUUCCAGUGGACUCUCUUCUUUGUUUUAGGACUGGCAUUGAUGGCUGAUGGAGUAGAAUUAUUUGUAGUAGGUUUUGUCCUUCCUAGUGCUGAGAAAGACAUGUGUUUAUCCCGCUCAAACAAAGGAAUGCUGGGGUUGAUAGUCUACGUUGGGAUGAUGCUUGGUGCAUUUGUAUGGGGUGGACUUGCAGAUAAACUGGGAAGGAAGAAAUGUCUCAUGAUCUCACUUGCCAUCAAUGCUGCGUUUUCAUCCAUCUCCUCCUUUGUACAGGGAUAUGGGCUGUUUCUCUUUUGCCGCCUUAUAUCUGGGUUUGGGAUUGGCGGAUCCCUUCCCAUCGUGUUUGCUUAUUUCUCAGAAUUUUUAGCGCGUGAGAAGAGAGGCGAACAUUUGAGUUGGCUUUGCAUGUUUUGGAUGAUUGGGGCAAUAUAUGCAUCAGCAAUGGCCUGGGGCAUCAUCCCACACUAUGGAUGGGGAUUUACUAUGGGAACUCACUAUCAUUUCCACAGCUGGAGAGUUUUCGUCAUAAUUUGUGUCUUCCCCUGCAUAGCAUCUAUCAUUGCGCUAAAGUUUAUGCCAGAAAGUCCACGCUUCUUAUUAGAGAACGGUAAACACGACGAAGCUUGGAUGAUACUGAAAAAGAUGCAUGAUACCAACAUGCGUGCAAAGGGGGAACCGGAAAAAGUUUUCACUGUUUCACAUAUCAAAACACCAAAACAAAUGGAUGAGUUUAUUGAAAUUCAGAGUUCAACUGGAACGUGGUUUCAGAGAUGGCUUGUCAGGAUCAUGACAGUUGUUAAACAGGUAUGGGAGAACAUAUUGUAUUGCUUCAGUGGUCAAUUUAGAAAGAACACUAUAUUUCUGGCUGUGGUUUGGUUUACAAUGUCAUUAAGCUACUAUGGUCUUACUGUCUGGUUCCCUGACACUAUACGUUACCUUCAAGAGGAAUCCUACGCAAGCAAAUUGAAAGUAUUCCAUGGCGAGAAAGUGAAUAAUUUUGAAUUCAAUUUCACUCUCGAGAAUCAAAUACACAAAGAUGGAAACUUCGAGAAUGAUAAGUUUGUCAAGAUGAAAUUUAAACAUGUGACAUUUGAAGACUCUGAAUUUGACGAAUGUUAUUUUGAAGAUGUGACCUCCAGAGGAACAUAUUUUAAAAACUGCGUUAUUACGUCUACAGUUUUCUAUAACACAGACCUCAAACACAAGUUUAUUGACUGCAAAUUUAUAAACAGCUCUUUCUAUAACACAAAAGAAGGAUGUCACAUUGACUUUGACGAAGAUAAUGAUUUCCUGAUUUACUUGGUCAGUUUUCUUGGAAGUUUGUCAGUAUUACCUGGUAAUAUCAUCUCAGCUCUUCUAAUGGACAAAAUUGGAAGGAUAAGAAUGAUUGGUGGCUCCAUGCUGGUCUCAGCUGUUUGCUGCUUUUUCCUGUUUUUUGGGAACAGCGAGUCUGCAAUGAUUGGUUGGCAAUGCCUCUUUUCUGGCACUAGUAUAGCAGCAUGGAAUGCUUUGGAUGUUAUCACUGUCGAACUUUACCCUACAAAUAAGAGAGCAACAGCAUUUGGAAUCCUGAAUGGCAUUUGCAAGCUUGCCGCCAUCUUUGGAAACUCGAUCUUUGCUUCUUUUGUUGGCAUCACAAAAGUUGUUCCCAUUCUCUUGGCAUCUACUGCCCUUGUAGGAGGUGGCCUUCUAUCCCUACGACUUCCAGAGACUCGUGAACUGGUCCUCAUGUGAGAAAGAAGUGUGAUUUGAAACAUGUACUGUUUGCUGAUACAUUAUCAUGAAAGAAAUAGAAUUUGAAGAUGAUGUCUUGGUGCAAAAGGACAAUCGAUAUCCUCUGGUCAAAGCCAAUCAAACAACACAAACAAUCUAAUAAAAAUAUUAUUACAGUGUUUAAAAAAAAAAAAAAAAAAAAAAAAAGGUUUGUGAGAAUGAGGUUUAGCCAGUACAAUUUUAUUAAUUAUACGAUAACAUAAAUGGAAUAUCAUGUUAUUCAAACAGUUUAUCUGCAGAAGGCUCAACAAAACAUUGACAUUCUGACAUAGUUUACAUUUAAAACAAAUCAAUCAACGUUCUGGGUGUAAUCUACACAGAGUACAUAAGAGCUUUAGAAAUUUACACCUGAAAUUACACAGGUAAAGAUAUUAAACAGGGCUGUUUACUAAAAUGAGAAUGCAAAAUGAAUUUCUUAAGGUCAAAAUUUAAAACUAAAUACGCUUUCAGUUGAGCUACUCUCAUUUUAAAUGUGAAAUUCACUUUGAAUUAUCACUUUAGUAAAUAACCCACUAAAUCUUUUUUUUUCUUUUAUCCAAUUAUUUUGGGACAAUAAAUUUUCCUUUUUAAUUAUAAGUGUUUUGGUACAAAAAAUACUUUGUUCCUCAAUGUUAAAUAUACUAAUGGAAAAAUAGCACAAUAAUUUGCUAAGCAGGGUCCAUACACUAAAUAGUGAAUUUUGGAGAACUGAAAAAUGUUUUGGAAAAUUUAGGCACUAUUGGAACAGUGGAAAAAAUGUCCUAUCUUUUUCCAAC